AUGUAUCGGAAGUUGUCUAAGUUAGAACACUCGGAAAUAAAACAACUUCUUACAGAAGCUAAUAUAGAUGUUGCAAAGCAUUACGCAACAAACAAAAAAGCACUCGCUGACUUCAUUAAAGACUAUAAUGGUGCAAUAAGUUAUGAUAGAAUUCAUGAGUUCAUAAAGCCGCAACGCGGCGAGGACGAAGUCCAUGCAAUAGCAUUUCCUUUAAAUGACGUUGCUAUUGACUUAUAUCAUAGACGUUCAGUACCUCAUGAAGUAAGAAGAGAGAUGUUUGACAUAACAAAUGCGAACGUUGGUCAUACUCGUAAAGCUCUUUCGCAUGAAGUAAGAAGAGAGAUGUUUGACAUAACAAAUGCGAACGUUGGUGAAACAAGAAGAAGAGACGACACACUGAAACAACAGAGAAGAGAGAUGUUUAAGAGCGCUAUAGAACAAGUUCGCAAAGCUAACGAUGUCAUUCGUUCCAUUGACGACAAACCAAAAGAAGGUGAGAGAUGGUUAAAGAAAGAUGAAGAGAAUAGGAAGAGAAAUGUGAAGUCAGGCAAUAGACUCAUUGACUUUAACAUCGAAGCUUUAGAUGAACCAAACAGAGACUACUUACACAAACAUUUCGGUAAGGUUUUCAUGAGACUCUUAGAGAAAAUUAAAAUAAACUCACAACAGAGAUGGAUGGUAUGUUAUAAACUUGGUGGAAAGUAUGAAUGUUCUAC